ACGUGUCAAUAAGCAAAUCGGCUUCGACACAAGCUGGGAGGCAUUAGAGAGUAGUGGACCUUCGGCUGAUAAACAAGUAUAACAGCUGUUUGCUCUAACACGCUUUGCUGAUUUUUUUUAAUGUGCAACUGUUUUUAUUUUGUAUAAAAUUGUAAGGUCUUCCUAAUAAAGUUUCUCUUUGGAAACCAUGCGCACUUUCUCUGAGCUGUGCGUCUCAGCAGCGGUGCCUCAAACUUUUCCAGGAGGAGAUCCGGCUCCCUGCGCGACUCUCCUGUCCGGAUUCACUUUGUUCCCAAUUGCAUCCACGGGAGGACCGCCAAACCGAAGCCUGGAUUCCAGUGUAGAUCCGAUCCUUCGCACAUCUACGCCGGAGAGCUCUGCGCUAUUUUCUCGGCCUCGUGAACUUGUGGAAAUCGAGGAAACAGCAGAAGAUGAGCCCAAACUUUAUUUAGAAGCCAGUGAGCUUUGGAGACAGUUCCACAAAUGCGGAACAGAAAUGGUCAUUACAAAAUCUGGGAGACGUAUGUUUCCGCCGCUCAGGGCCAGGUGCACGGGGAUGGACAGAAAAGCCAAAUAUAUUCUCCUCAUGGACAUCGUGGCAGCUGACGACUGUAGAUAUAAAUUCCAUAACUCACGCUGGAUGGUGGCUGGCAAGGCGGACCCCGAGAUGCCCAAACGCAUGUACAUCCACCCGGACAGUCCGGCUACGGGAGAGCAGUGGAUGUCCAAAGUGGUCAACUUCCUCAAGCUGAAACUAACCAACAACAUAUCAGACAAGCAUGGAUUUACAAUUCUCAACUCGAUGCACAAGUACCAGCCCAGGUUUCAUAUAGUAAAGGCACACGACAUCCUAACGCUGCCUUACUGCACUUUUAGGACAUAUGUGUUCUCUGAGACUGAAUUCAUCGCAGUUACAGCUUACCAGAAUGACAAGAUCACACAGCUGAAAAUAGACAACAAUCCUUUCGCCAAGGGAUUCCGAGAUACUGGCAAUGGAAGGAGAGAGAAGAGGAAACUACAACACUCAUCCCACAGCUCUAAAGAGACACAGCUGACUGACGUGAAACAUGAACCUGUAAAAGACUCUCCACAGCAUUCACACAAUUCCAAGUCUUCAGAUCCCCACGAGAGUGACAGUGAUAAGGACACAAAUUCUGAGGAGUUUCCUGGAGAAGAGAUGUGUGAAACACACCAGGAAAAAGAACCAGAGCCAAAGGUUUCCAUCACAGAAGCAACCAUGCAGACUACAGCCAGGAUCCACAAAGAUGUGGACCUCGGACAAAGUCAUGUCAGCAGCCUAACAACUGACCAAGCAAAUCGCUGCCAGAAACAAGAUGCAAGGACGGAACAACUGUCUGAUGUCUCCACCGGUUUUGCAUACAGCUGUGCUUAUUCUCCAGAAUUAAACAGAUAUCUGUGGGAUCCCAGUGUUUCAAAUGGCCUUUUCCACUCAUCUCGGCUGAACACCUGGCACAGCUGUGCCAACGUGGACAGAGUAGUGCCAUGUGGAUUGAGUCCAGCACUGACUCCUCUUCCUAUUAAUCAACAACAUGCAAUGGCACAGGACCUGAUGAGCCUUUCACACUUUGGAGGAUUUCUGUUUUAUCCUAAUUCCAGCUUCUUAGCAACAUCGGCCCACUACCUCAACCCACAAGGCCAGUCCAGAUUGGAUUUCAGAGGCUGUCCAAGCAUCUGCAGUCGGGAUUACUUCUCCUCUCCGGCAAUAUUUUCAUUUGUUCCUGCAGCAAGUGGCAGUUUCAAAUAUCUCACCCCCGAUUGGCUUACAUGGCCUAAGAUGGAGGAAAAGACAGAGCAGGAAGUGACUGGAGCCAGGAUAAGUAAAGAACAGUGGGAGUCUACUGACCUGUGAGGGAGUUCCGCUGCUUGUUAGUGUCCCUGCAUGUGGUUGUUGAGGUUGUUUCCAUAAUCUUCUAAAUUCCUUAUUUGGUGCUCUUUUAAACUCAUAAGGAAUGGUUGUGUAUCUCACAAGUCAUCAGCAGCUUUGAUGAACAGGUAACAAAGACUUUUCAUUACAACAAAAUACACCCUACAAUAUUCUAGGGUGUGUUUUUAUAGAAACUCUGCUGUCUGAUGCAUUAUAUGCUUAUCUAAUGCCUCCUUAAUGCAGGUUCAUGUUGCUUUGUGAAUGAGGUUUUGCCAAAUAACGAAAGUAAAAUACAUCAACACAAUGUCUGAAACAAUGGGGGCUGUCUCCAUUUGUUAGUUUUCCCCUCCAAAGAACAUAAAUCUAAAUACAUUUGUUUUGCAUUUGUAAUCAGAAUCUGAUAACCACUCGGCGCAGAUCUGUGUUCUCUGUCUCACCUCUUGCUCACCCCAAAUGUAAGCGUACCACACUGUCUAAAAGACUUGAGCCUUUUACUGCAUCUACAGUGUGUUUGGGAUCCCUGUCAUGCUGAAAAACAAAGUGGUUAGCCAAUUAGACCCUCUCCAAUUGGUUGUGCAUGGCGGAUGAUAAUCUGAACCCUCUUUUCUGUGUUCCAUCAAUUUUAACAUGGUCCCUUGCACCACAGGCUGAAACUGAGACCCCACUGUGUUUUACAGAUAGCUGUAAACACUCACUGUUGUACCUCUGUCAUUAUGUUUUCUACAUACUGACAAAUGAUGAACCAAAAAUUCCAAAUUUGGAUUCCUCACUCCAUGAGACCGUUGGAUGCUGAUUUUUAGUCUAGUUUGUUUUUGUUUAAUUUGGCACACCUCAGCCCUUUCUCCCUGUUUCUUUUCCUUAAGAGUACAUUUUUUUGACAGCCACCCUUCCACUCGGAUCACAUCUGAUGAAGUUUCAGAGAACAGUAGAUGAAUCUUAGUGACAUUACUUCUUUUAGACCUGCCACUACUUCUUUUGUCUUCCACUUGUCUAGAGUCCUCAAAUCACAACAAACUUCCAUGUACGUAUGAGAAACAGUUGGUUGUAGUGAAUGAUGGUGAUCCUUGGUGGUGCUUGUUUCAUACCUGAAAUCAAAAUGGUAGUUGGUGUUGAGGUUUAAGUUUUUUUUUGUUUUGUUUUUUUUAAUGUUUCGUAUACAUAUAUUUUAGUACGAUUAAAAAUAAAAAAUGGAAGCCUAACUCGUCUUUCAACCUCAUCUAUUGAAAACAUUACAAUUUUCAUAAAAUUUACUUUAUUUUGGACUACAGCUCCAUAGGACCCAAUUCAUUCUGAUGAGUGCCUCUGAAACUGGGGAUUCAGAGAUGAGUUCUUCAGUAUUUAGAAGUUCUUUGAAGAUAUUUUGAUUUUGCCCAUUUUAUAUGUGCAGUAUGGUGGUAAAAUCUACGUGCUUUGCUAACCAACUUUGUUGGCUUUGACACAGCUCAUUUACAUGUUCUUAAAUACUGAUUAAAAUAUUGAAGCUUGACUGUCCUUGCAUCUAGUGUUCUUGUUGUGGAAAUGUAAAAUGUAAAUUAGUUAAUAAAUAACAUCUUAGAUCAUGA